AUGGAACAUCUAGCAAUGCUUUAUCUAUCAAACAACUAUUUAUCUGGAAAGAUCCAUAAUCAAUGGAGGGAUUUACCAAGUCUUGGAAUCAUAGAUUUAUCCGGAAACAAUUUACAAGGUGAGAUUCCAAGUUCAAUUUGCUCACUACCAGCGCUUUUUUGGUUAAAAUUAAGCAGCAACAAUCUUUCAGGGGAAAUCUCUUUUGCAUUCCAGAACUGCAAAGGCUUGACGAUGCUUGAUCUUGGAGAAAAUCGAUUCUACGCGAACAUACCCAAAUACACUGGAAAAGACUUCUUAUCACUAUCAGAACUGCGCAUACGAGCUAAAAUGUUCAGUGGAAAUAUUCCUGAACAACUAUGCUCUCUUACUCACCUCCACAUCCUAGACCUCGCUCUUAAUAAUUUAUCGGGAUCCAUUCCAUCUUGCUUGGGAAAAUUGGGUGCUCUGAAUUCGUUGAUAUCAUAUAGCCCAUAUAAACCCUCUAGGAGUGACCUGUAUGGUCCACAAAUGCAAAUGGAAACGGAAAUGGAAUUGGAAAUGGAAAUGAAAAAGGAAAUGGAAUUGAGCAACAAUCUUCAGGGGGAGAUCCCAGAACUAAUAACAGAUCUCUCAACCUUGGGUACCUUAAAUUUAUCCCACAACCGACUGACAGGGAAAAUACCAGAGAAGAUUGGAAGCUUACAACGGUUAGAAACACUUGACCUCUCAUGCAACCACCUUUCAGAUCCAAUUCCUCUAACCAUGUCCUCUAUGACCUCACUAAACUCAUUGAAUUUGUCAUUUAAUAAUUUGUCGGGACCAAUUCCCUCCGUCAACCAGUUCCUAACCUUCAAUGAUCCUUCUAUUUACGAGGGUAACCCAGAACUUUGUGGGCCUCCAUUGGCAACCAAGUGUCUGAUGCCUAAUGAUAGAGAUGCUGAUGGAAACCAACAUGUUAAGACUCACAAAGAUGAAGAUGAGAACGAAAACCUGGGCUUCUACCUUGGCAUGGCAUUGGGAUUGGCUUUUCGUUGUUAUGAACUUAUGAUGAUGAACUUGAACCGCUUAAGAAGAAUGAUGGGAGCAGAACAUAACUGA